AUGAACAAAACCUCUCUCAAGGGCUCAAACAAACCCAACACAACCCCACCUCAAAAAAUAAGGUCAUCUCCAUCCGCUUUCUUAGAUGCAAAGCGAAACACUCAUAAUCAUUUGGAGAUAACCCACAUAUACCGUUUUAACAUUAUACAGAUUCUCUCCAUUGAUUUCAUUUGUUUGAUCUGGAACAAACCAAUCCAAUAUUGCACACAUAGCUCCAAGAGACUGUUCAUAGUAUCAAGAAAAGGAAAACCAUAUAUCGAUAAAGAGAGUUUAAACUUGUUUACCGUACUCCUGGCGGCCUCGGCGCAGAAUAGGUGCACAGCUCUAGUGCGCUCGUGCUAUGUACCUUCAAGGAGCUUUAGCACUAAAGGGGAAGAAAACAACAGAAGCAACAAUGCCAAGAACCAAAUUCUUGAAGAAAAGACAGAUGGGGUCAUGGAAGAAGUCUCUAAUAAUCAUGAAUCACAAGGUCAAGAAAAGAGCAAUGGUGGGAGUAACGGUAGAAGCGGUGGGUCUAAUGGGCCUCACAUCGAACCCCCAACUCUCAAGAGUAAUCUCAAGAGAACCACAACAGUGGAGGAAAUUAAUCAAUCAAGAAAGAGGAAAGUGAGUUGGCCUGAUGCUCAUGGCAAUGAUAUUGCUCAUGUUCAUGAGUUUGAGCCAAGCUUGUCUGAAGACGGGGAACUCGAAGGAGUAAGAAACUCUUGUAUUUGUACAAUUCAAUGAAGCAAGAAUUCCUCCAAGGUGGAUAACAUUUGACAGUAUUCACAUUCUAGCCUCCUGCUGCAGUCACACUGAAGUCCAUUCAAUUUAGCAAGCUCCAGUACAUUGAAAAUAGGAAAAUUGGUAGAAGUAAACCAAAAUGUAAAGAAAUCAUUAAAAUGAAAUUAAGUCUAAUGGUGUGCAAGUAGUAGCUGUU